AUGCACGAGGGCGAGGAGCCCCACGCGAAGGCCGACCUCCACUUCCGCCGCGACUGGUAUAGCAACGUCGCGACCUUCAUCGCGGGCGGCGUCGCGGGGGCGGCGAGUCGCACCCUCACCGCCCCGCUCGACCGCAUCAAAUUGAUUCUCCAGGAGGGGCAUCUCGUCGAGGCCUCCGGCAAGAGCGCGCGGCAUGGGUGCAAGCACCCCUCACUCUUUUACAUCGCCCGCAUGAUCAAGGCGGAUGGAGGGUGGCGGGCGUUCUGGAGAGGGAAUCUCGUUAACUGUCUUAAGGCGGGCCCGGAGUUCGCGAUUGUCUUUUCCCUACGUCGGUACUACUCCUCGCUUUAUGAAGACUACAUCGACCGCGAAACGGAGCGGAUCGAAGCCGCAUUCAAGCAAGCAGAGGAGAGUGGUCUUCUGAAGGGGGAAAUUAAUCGUCGUAGACUCGCUAUCGAAUCCGGUGCCUCCGUUUUCAUCCCACCGCUCAAUCACUUCAUCUGCCUCUCGCACGUCCCGCGUUUGGUAGUGAACUUUUUGAUCGGAGCGGGAGCCGGGAUUGGCGCGCAGAGCAUUCUCUACCCAAUGGAAGUGAUUAAAACUCGCGUGUGUGUUUCCAAAACUGGUGAGUUUAAGGGUGGGGUGAGGCAGAUUGCGAGGAGCGCGUAUCAGCAAGGAGGAACUAGGGAGUUUUACCGCGGCUUCGUGCCCAAUAUGGCUGGCAUUCUUAUCUAUCGUGGAUUGGAGAUGGGAUUGUACAGCAGCGCACAGCAAUGGAUCAUGAUUUAUCGCAUGCAGUGGCUGGGCAUGAGCCGGCACGAUUCGGCGCUGAGCACGGCUGAGAUCGCCCUCACGGGCUUGGUAGCGUCAGGGAUCUCACAAACGGUGUCCUACCCCCUUAAUGUAGUCCGGACACGUUUGCAAACACAAGGCUCAAACGGCCGGAAUCGGCACUACACAGGCAUGACAGACUGCUUUGUUAAGAUGGUCAGGAGCAAAGGGGUCUCUUCUCUUUUUAGUGGACUAACAGCUAAUUAUCUAAAGGCGAUCCCGGCAAGUACGAUAAUUUUUAUUGCAUUUGAGAAAAUGCAGCAACUGCUCUUGGGAGACGACUAA